AUGCCGGUCCCCGUCCAGAUCGCCUACAAGCCCAUCGGCAAGCCUGAACUUGGAGUGAACAACUACCAAGGUUUCAAGCCCGGGAAGACUGAAGUCCUUCCAAAAGGUUGGAAUGGCUACGGAGCGAAAGCGCUGGAAAGCGACAUCCGGGUUCAUCAUGAUGUCAAGAUUGUAGUGCGAGACGGUGCGAGGUUGUACGUGGAUAUUUACAGGCCGGAAGGCUCUGCCGAGAAAAUCCCAGCUAUCGUUGGAUGGUCGUGCUAUGGGAAGAAGUAUAGCGCUCUGGAGAUGUUGCCCAUGACGGUUUGGGGAUGCUGCGUCGAAAAGGAUCGCUUGUCUGGUAUUGAAAAGUUCGAAGGCCUCGACCCACGGAUCUGGUGUCCUCGAGGCUACGCCAUUGUCUCGGUGGACUCUCGUGGAACUGGGAACAGCGAUGGAGCCAUUCCGCUUAUGGGAUCGCAGGAUGCGGAAGAUGCAUACGAUGUUGUUGAAGCGUUGGCCAAGAUGGACUGGUGUAGUGGCAAAGUGGGCAUGGCCGGGAACUCCGCGCUUGCAAUCGUCCAGUGGGCCACUGCAGCACUGCAACCGCCUUCUCUCGCCGCCAUUGCUCCAUGGGAGGGCUCUGGGGACCUCUUCCGAGAACAAUUCUGCCGAGGCGGUGUGUUCUCCAUGAGCAACUUCGAUCUGAUCACUCGGGAGAUCAUCAAAGGACAUGUCGGCGUGGAGGACAUGGCAGAAAUGUAUCGACGAAGUCCUCUGGCCAAUGCGUACUGGAACGACAAGCGUCCUGAUAUGAAGAAAAUCAUAUGUCCAACAUUCAUCUCCGGGUCCGACUUCAGCUCCAUUCACACCAUGGGCGCCGUCCGUGCUUGGCUAGAAGUCCAAGGGAAGAAAUGGAUUAGAUGGAGCAGCCAUCAAGAAUGGUACGAGCUGUACUGCGAUGACCAUGCGGACGCAGAGUUGCAUCAAUACUUCGAUCGCUUCCUCAAGGACAUCCAGAACGACUUCGAGGAGAAGAUGCCAAAAGUUCGGUGGUCCGCUUUGCAGUUCGGGGAUCGCGAGGCCAUUGACAAUAUCGAAUACUCCGACUUCCCCGUCCCAAACACGGAGUACAGGGAGUACUUUCUCCACAACAAGACCCUCAAUCUUGAGCCAGCCGGCAGUAGUGCCGUUGCAACAUACAACUCCGAAGACGGCAAAGACGUCGCCGACUUCACAUUCAGCUUCCAAGAGCGCACCAGACUCAUCGGUCUUCCCAAGGCCAUCCUCUACAUGUCCUGCGAGGACCACGACGACAUGAAUGUCUUCGUCCAACUACGCAAACGAGACAAGGACGGCAACCUGUUAUACCACCUCUGCUUCCCAUUUGAUGCGACGCCCGUCAAAUCGAUCGCCGAAAUCCCGGAAAAGCAGCGCCAGAGCACAAAUCUCCACAAUGGAUCUGUUGGUGUAUUGCGGGCCUCCCACAGAGCUUCCGAUCCGGAACGCAGUAUUCAUCCUCAAUUCCCUUUCCAUCCUCAUGAGAUUGAAGAGAAGAUCCCUCCGGGUGAGAUUGUUCGUCUUGAUAUUGGCAUUUGGUGUAUGGGCGUCGACUUUGAUGCGGGUGAAUCGAUCUCUGUUCAGAUUUCUGGCCAAUUUCCUGCCAUUGCGGAAUACCAUGCGUGGUCGGAGCCUCGUCCAGACCACGAGUUGAACAAAGGCCGACACAACAUCCAUAUGUCGCCAGAUCAUCCUAGCAGCAUCAUUCUGCCUUUUGUGCCGCUCUAA